AAGUCAAAACUUGGUGUUGAUACAUUGGAUUGUCUUAGUGAUCUAUUUGGUUGUGUAGAAAAUAUAAGGUAUUAUUUCAACUCGGGUACUACAUUUAACCUUCUGAAAGAUGAUGCAACUGUAUGUAAUUGGGCUAAAUGUUUCUAUACUAAUAGAUUGAUGGACAUUCACAUUGAUCUAAUGGAUCAAAGUCAAUUUGUGCCUACUUCUAAGUGGUUGGGUAGAAUUGGAGAAAAAAAAAAUGAGAGUGAAGCAGAGAGCAGUGAAACAAGUGAGAGUGAAAUGAGUGAAAAGACAGAUAAUGAGGGUUGUGGAAAAAAUAAAGGAAAAGGUAGUGAAAAAAAUGUUAGGGGUGCUGAGGUAUCUGAUAGAAGUGAUGAUGGGUGUGAUAGUGAUGGGGGUGAUGAGGGCAGUGAAACUAUAGACAAUGACUUUGAUCUUAGAUCAGAA